AUGAGACCACCGGGUCCGCUGCGCCAUGCGUGGCUUUUCGUAUUGAUGAUGCGAAAGAGCUGGAUUACGUACUACGAUGAUUCCCAAAUGACGCGUGGUGAAGUUGACGUCCUCGUCGAUGUUGUCAAUCCAAUUUUCCCAGCAUCUCAAGGGGAUCGAUUAUAUGGCUAUUGGGUCGCAGAUAUUGUGGACAAAGCAGCCCUCACCGCCCUCAUUGGCCAAUUCUGCGGUCCAGCACCAUGCGCCCUUACAGCAUUUACCGAAUACCAACAAAUUGUCGAUAAACUACGCACGGAUCCGAAUGGAACCCUCUACCGUGGCCUUGUAUUUAAUGAGGUCGACCUCAAAAAACCGCAUUUGUCCUACGAUUUCCUACUGCCGGACGACAAUUUCAAUGCGUCAAUUGGAAAGACGUGGAAUAAUGGGGAUGAACCGUUUGCGAUGAUGGGACAGUGGCAACAGUCAUGGGGUGCAAAUACUGAUGGAACGGAUGCAAAAUUUAUGCAUUCAUUAAAUGCCGCCUUCCUAAAACUCGUUAAAGGUGCUGAACUGCCCGCGGUGACCAUGGUGCCAAUGGUAAACCCGGACGUCGCGUAUGAAUUUUGGAUGGAUGCAAAUUCAUUCCUGCCAAUUAUAAUUGCGAUUGUUGUGCUGCCGACAAUGAUUUAUACGGCUAGAGAAAUUGCUGCGGAGAAGGAGAGUGGGAUGAAGGACUUUCUCUCGGUGAUGGGAAUGAGCCGUGGCGUUUUCUUGUCUUCCCACAUUUUUAUCGGAUGGCUAAAGGCAUUUAUCAUAGCCGGAGCUUGCUUGGCUAAUCCGGCCGUCGGCUUUGUGCAUCAUCCCUGGUACAUCCAGCCGGCGUUCAUCUUUGUCCCGUUGGUCUUCUACACCCUGGCGUGUAUGAUUUGUGCGGCGGCUAUUGCAUUUGUCGUCAUCGUACAUUCCGGUUUGAUUGCUUUAUUUAUCAUCCCACCCCUCCAGCCGUCAGUCUAUAGCCCUUGGAUGGCCUGCCUAGCUUCAUUAAACUAUAACUCGGCUUAUGGAUAUUCAUUAUUAUCAGCGAGAAGUUAUUUACUGAGAAAUCGAGGGUUAACCGGAAGUACCUUCUUCGAAGAUACAGACAACAUCUUCAAUGUUGGUCCCGCGACGCUGAUGACCAUUUUUGAUUGUCUAUGGAUGAUUCUCGUUAUAAUAGCCGCAGAGUUGUACCAUAAAUACACCGAUUUUUCGAUGGCAAUUGCUAUUAAGAGAUGGCUAUCGAAAGGAAAAGUUGGGUCAUCUUCUGAAAUCGACGAAAUCCAGCCAAUCCCCGAUGGACAUGAAAAGCGCAGCGAGAAUGGGCAUGCAGAUAUCGUAGUGGAACACCUACAAAAGGUCUGGGGUUCGACCGGCGAGAUGGCAGUAAAAGACAUGAAUUUGAAGGCGUACAGGGGAGAGGUCACCGUGCUGCUUGGUCAUAAUGGCGCUGGGAAAAGUACAACAUUUUCGGUGAUUUCCGGUUUGACUCCACCGAGUUCUGGAAGAGUUGAGGUGACAACUAACAACGUCGGGUUAUGUCCUCAAGGCAAUGCUCUAUUCGAUAGACUAACAGUUAUGGAGCAUUUAUGGUUUUUCCAUCAAAUUAAGGGAGCAACGAAUGAUUGGAGAAAAGAAGGAAAAGCCAUCCUCGCCUCCCUUGGGCUUAGUGAAAAGAAGAAUACGUAUUCGAUGGCACUGUCGGGUGGGAUGAAGCGGAAACUUUGUCUUGCCAUGUCAUUGAUUGGUGAUUCAAAGGUGGUAUUGUUGGAUGAACCGACAGCUGGGAUGGAUAUUGGGGCCAGAAAUGAUGUGCAAAAAAUGUUGGAUGUUGAGAAGAGGGAAAGAACAAUCCUGCUUACUACGCAUUAUAUGGAUGAGGCUGAGGCGCUGGGAGAUCGAAUUGUGAUUAUGGUCAAGGGGAAGGAUGUUGCGUCGGGGAGCACACACUUUUUGGAACGAAGAUUUGGUACUGGCUAUACCCUGAUUGUCGUGUUUGACGAAGGAAAAGCGGGAGAUAAAAUGGGACAGCAUUUGUUACAGGAAGUCCAAUCCCUGAUCCCCUCAGCCACGUUGUGCCGUUUCCACGGGAAGCAAGUCGAGAUCAGUCUGCCAAACCAUGAGAACCUGCAAUUUCCACGGCUUUUCGCGUACCUUGAAGCUCACCAAGUGCAGCUUGGGGUAUCUUCGUUUGGUCUUUCGGCCAGUAAUCUGGAGCAGGUGUUUUUGACUGUCGGUGAACUUUGUGAACAUGCCGAAGAUGGCUCGGCAGCUCGUAAAGACAUGUUUGAUAAAGACCUCGACGAACGCAUCAACCUUGUGGCAUCCCUCCCCUUCCAAUUCCUCUUCCUCCUAUGGAAACGCAUCCUGUACUCCAUCCGCAAUUGGUCCCAAUGGCUCUAUCAGAUCGUGUUGCCGAUGCUAAUUAUAUUUUUAAUGGCGAAAUUCGUAGAUUUUAACGGAUUGGGAGAGACGGAUGGCGGAGUGACAAAGGAUGGGCAUCUUCUUGCAUUAAAUUCGAUGGGUAAAAUGGCUAUCGGUCUGGAUGGGGCGGCAAAUGUGAAAUUGUAUGAUGCGAUACGCCGAGCUGGGAAUUUAAAGGUGUACGAAGAUCCGAUCCCUGCAGACAGCCGCUUCCGAUUACCACCUUUUGGCGCCCACGUUUUCCAAGCAAACAAUUCCCUCACCUUCGCUGUGAACCCGAAUUCUCUCUGGGCACACAUGACCCUAUUCACAGCUCUGGCAAAUUCGUACUUGGAUGACGGUGGUAUUGACGUCAAUGUUCGUGUUGUCAAGCGCUUGCACCAUUUGGACGAUGAGGAUAAGGACUCGAUGGAAAUUGUAGAAGACUACUACGUUUCUGCAAUUGUCGUGCUUGUGUUUUCGAUGCUAACAUCCCCAUUCGCAAUUUACAUAGUAUUGGAAAGAGUGUCAAGAUUUGCGCACCAGCAAUUCCUGACAAAAAUGCCGACAUUAAUGCUGUAUACUACCUCGGUGUUGUAUGAAGCUAUUAUCUACUUUUUCGUGGCCGGGCUUAUGUUAAUAGCGUUCCGGAUUGGUGAUUGGGACAAGGGAGAAAAUUUGAGGGUUUUCUGGUGUAUGGCAUUAUAUUUUGUGGCUAUCCACCCAGCCACCUAUCUUUUAUGCGCUAUGUUUGAUUCACCUUCUAAGGCAAAUACAAUGAUCCUGAUCAUCCAGUCCUUUGGCGCCUUUAUUUGCAUAAUUACGGUGAUGACCGUUCAGCUGUCGUCGGAUUGGGAGCCGAUUAUACUACAGGACGUUUUCCAAGCGUUAUGCCCGACCUACGGAUUAUCUCGAGGUGUUGUGAUGGCUCGAAUGCUUGGGCGAGGGAAGGGAGACGAUGUGGAUCAGGAUAAUAACAUUAAUUUGAUAAGAUAUCAUCGCGUACUCUGGAUCUUUGCCUGUAACGCUGCCGGCUACUUACUACUCUAUAUCCUAAUCCGUUUCCCACCUCUUCAAAUGUUUUGCGCCCGAUGCUGCAAGAAACCAACACCGCCUAUUACAAAUGAAGAUGAUCUCGUUUACCGAGAACGAGAAUUGGUUGAAGGCGCAACCGAUAAAUACUCCCUAAAAACUCGAAAACUCACCAAAAAUUAUGGAAAAUUCACGGCGGUGAAUCGGCUGAGCUUUGGCGUCAAAUCCGGGGAAUGCUUUGGCCUACUCGGUGUGAAUGGAGCUGGAAAAACAACGACAUUCGGGAUUUUGACCGGGUCCUUAUAUCCGACCGAGGGUUCUGCAUAUAUCGGCGGCUCAAGGGUGCUUGGGAUAAAGUCGAUGGGUUACUGCCCUCAAUUCGACGCUUAUCUUCUCGAAUUAACAGGACGAGAAGUGUUGGCACUAUUGGCUACUCUACUGGGCUAUUAUCAUCCAUUCAGAAAAGCUGAUUCUCUACUCCGAGCCGUAUUAAUGGAACGUCAUGGAGAUAAGCUACUCAAACAUUGCAGUGGCGGCCAAAAACGUAAAAUCAGCGUCGGAAUUUCGCUAUUAGCGCAAAAGCACGUUAUCCUACUUGAUGAACCAACCGCCGGGAUAGAUCCUAGGGCACGUCGCGAAAUCUGGUCUCUCGUCGGUGCCGUGCGUGAGACGGAAGGUCGAGCAGUUUUGCUAUCGUCCCAUUCGAUGGAUGAGUGUGAAGCCCUUUGCACUCGUGUGGGAAUAAUGGCGCACGGAGUAUUGCGUACGGUCGGCACCACGCAGCAGAUUAAAUCACGGUACGGUAACACCUACCAACUCGUCUUAAUGUUCCCACACGACCAACCCCGGGAUUGCAGCUUUGACGGCAGGGUUCAGGAUGCGGUAUCCUCCGCAUUCCCUGGCUCAACCCAACAUCGUGACGUCGUUCAAUCGAAUAUAUUCAAAUUUACGUUGCCCCGAAGACCUGAAGACCUUUGGUCGGAGAUGUGGCUGAAAUGCGCGAAAAUGGGCCAAAGCCUUGGGGCCGAAGACUUCUCAUUGGCUCAGGCUUCAUUGAUUGAAACGUUCCUAAACGUUACGGGCGAAAAAGCGGAAGCGGAACCGGUGGCGGGGACAAUAUUCACAGCGGAAGCUGUUGAGAAUAUGGCGGAAGCAACGCCAGUUGUCGUUGAAGAAUCUUGGACA